AGGCAUCAAGACGGGCUUAGACUGAGGGGAAAACAGGAGGCGGCCAAGGAGAGGCCAAAGUCCUCCUGAGAUGGAGUGGAAACUGGAGCGCACCGCCCCGCGGCGGGUCCGGACCGAAGAAGAGAUGCUGUGGGAAAAUGUCAUGCGGGUGCUCGCCAAAGACAUGAAGCAGAAGAGAAGCCAAGGUUCUUCCAAGGUAUUUGAUGCUGUUAAUACUACAUAUUCUAACUUUAAGAGCAACUUUGCGAAGAGGCUGUCAGCUGAGGUUCCCGUUGCCAGUAGCCCAGUUACCACAAGAUGGCGGCAAAGCCAAACCAGGGAUCUGGCAGCCUAUUCCUUUGAGGAAGAGCAUUCAACCACUGAGCUCCCAGAAGCUUCCGCAUCUGUGCUGAAAAUAACGCCCGAGAACGAGACCUUGAUUCUAGGAUCCUACGAAGAACCACGGAAUACCCCCAUCAAAGGAAAUUUCGAAACAAAUUACUCUGCUCUCCGUUUUGGCAAGGCACCUCAUGCCCUGGACAGAGGCUGGAAGGAAAACAUUGCCUCAAAAGGCCAGAAAUGCCUAAAUCAGCUAUUUUCAACCCAGAAGGUGGCUCACCAGGUGAAUGGGAAAAUGCAGCUCUGUGAGCAAUCCCAAUGUGUUUGGAAAGGCUGCAGAGAUGGAGUCAGAGAUGAAUCCUUCUAUCUUAAAAGGUUCAGUGAUACAAACUCUUCCAUACUCCAACCAGAGGUGAAGAUUCAUCUUACUGGUUUUCGAAAUGACUACUAUCUGAAUAUCCUAGACUGGAAUUUUCAAAAUCUUGUUGCUAUAGCCCUUGGAUCUUCUGUAUGCAUCUGGAAUGGGGAAAACCACAAUGGGAUUGAAAAUAUGGACUUAAAUCUCACUUGUAACUAUGUAUCUUCUGUGUCCUGGAUAAAAGAGGGAAGCUGCCUGGCAGUUGGCACCAGCGAGGGAGAAGUGCAAUUAUGGGAUGUGGUAACUAAAAAGCGGCUGAGAAAUAUGCUUGGUCAUUUGUCUGUAGUUGGGGCUCUGAGCUGGAAUCACUGUAUCCUCAGCAGUGGGUCGAGACUGGGCCGUGUUUAUCACCACGAUGUUCGGGUAGCCCAGCAUCAUGUUGGAACACUUCACCACAAGCAAGCCGUGUGUGCUCUGAAGUGGUCACUUGAUGGCAGGCUGCUUUCCAGUGGCUGUAGCGAUGGACUGCUGACCAUAUGGCCCCAUGAUCCAGGUGUGAGUGCACAGGGUCAACCACUCAAAGUCAUACCCCAACCUACGGCAGUCAAGGCCAUGAAUUGGUGUCCCUGGCAGUCUGCAGUUCUUGCUGUUGGAGGAGGAAUGAAGGAUGGACACUUACACAUCUUGGACAUAAAUACUUGGCGGAGCAUCCAGACCCCAAGCACAAACUCCCAGAUUUGUUCCCUAAUUUGGCUACCUAAGACAAAGGAGAUUGCAACUGGCCAAGGUACUCCUAGGAAUGAUGUGACUGUGUGGGCCUGUCCUGCUCUGGCCAAGUCAGGUGGAUUUUUUGGCCACAGAGGCAGAGUACUGCACUUGGCGUUGAGUCCGGACCAGACCCGAGUGUUUUCUGCUGCAGCUGAUGGCACAGCCUGUGUGUGGAAUUGCUGCUAGCCACUCUGCCCCUCUGAGCUUCAGUUUCCUCGUUUCUAAGUGAGAAUGAUAUUGGCCUUGCCUUCUCCUUGGAGUUGUUGUCAGGACCAAACAAGAUGAAACGUUUUUCCUGAUGUGAAUUUCUGUCCUCCUGACCUUCUUUCUCUGGUUACUUUAUUUGCUCUGCUUCCUCCCAUUGUGUUUCCCAGACAUUGUCUUUGACCUUCCAUUCUUCUCUCUCUACUUUCCUCCUUCUCCUCCUUUUUAUUAUUCUUCUCUCUCUAUCCCUUCCUUGUUAGAGAUGCAUUUUCACUGCUAUAGUCAGAAUAGUAUGUAUAGCAUAGAUUUCUAAAUACCUCUUUCCCACUUGACUUUUCUCCCAAGCUCCUGCCAUCUAUUUUGGUCUGCCUCUGGAUAUUUCCUGUUUGAGAUCCUUUCCCUCUCUUUAGCUCAAACUCAAUGCCUUAAAGACACAACUUGUUCACUUGAAAAAUGUUGAUUAAAAUCCUAUAAUUUGCUAGGCAGUGUGUUAAGCAUCCAUAUUGUUUCCUUUCAAAAUGAGCUCCUCUUUAGGACUCUCUUUUCCCUCUUCAUGGUCUCAUCCUUAUCCUGGUCAAGGAUAUCCUCCCCUGUCAGGGAAUCUCCUGAUUAUUCUGUUCCAUGCUUUCUCAGUUUAUCCCUGUUCUCUUUUCUUUUGUUCACACCAGUCAUGUCUUGAGUACCUGAUGCCUAGUCUGUUAUAAUUGUCUUCUACCUGGUUUUCCUGCCUUCAGUCUUCAUGGAUCUCACACUACUGCUGGGUCAAAUUUCUAAAAGCACUGUGCUGAUCCUGUCAGUCCCCUGCUCAUAAACUCUCAAUGACUCUCUAUUUCCUAAACCCCUUGGCCUCAACCCUGGAGUCCUGAGCCCAGAACCUGAAGUUGGGGGACUGUUCUUGCCUUGGCUUUGCCAUAAACUGACUAAGUGACCUUGAAUGUGUCACAACAUUUGCAAGAAUAGGAAUUAGGAUUUGAUAACUGCUAAGCUUUCUUCAAGCUUUUCAGUCCACUGUUCUGUCUUUUUAAGAUUAAUUCCCACUCAUGUCCUACAUUUGCCCUGGGCUAAGCCUUGUGAUUUCCUGCCUUGGUGCCUUUGUUGAAGUUUUUCUUCUCGUCUGGAAUUCAUGCUCCUCUCUGCCUUUCCUUUGCUUAGCUGCAUAGGUCCUAAUGUCUCCAGGAAGUGUUUUGAAAUGCUGUUACCUGGGUUUGAACUCUUGGCAUCAGUUGAUAUCACCUAUUUGGUAUUAAUAUACUAUUCUAGUUGUUUUUUAAAUGUUUUAUUACUGUGUGAAUCUUUGGUUAUUUUAGUUUUCAUGUGUUUAUUUCUCCCCUGGACAAUUAAAUUGAGGAGUUGAGGGAGCUUAUAAUAGACUUUUUUUUUUUGAGG